GCCUCAUAAAGGAGCUCUAUGGCGGAGAUCGUGAUCGGAGUGCUUGCGUUGCAGGGUGAUUUUGCGGAGCACAUAGCUACUCUGAAGAAGUGCGGGGACGUCAAGUGCCGUGAAGUUAGGAAGCUGCAGGACUUGGAGGGCACACACGGGCUGGUGAUCCCCGGGGGGGAGAGCACCGUCAUCUUGAAGCUGCUGCGAGACUUCAAGUUGUUCGAGCAUGUCAAGGCCUAUGGGUCAUCGGGGAUCCCCAUGUUCGGGACGUGCGCUGGUUGCAUCAUGCUGUCUUCUAGCAUCGACGGAAUGCCAGAGCAGGAGACGCUGAGACUGGGCGACUAUUCUGUGAAGAGGAACGCAUACGGCGCGCAGGUCCACAGCUUCGAGUCGCACAUCAAGGGGGACCCUGCCAUCUUCGGGGAGGAGCCGUUGAGAGCGAUCCUGAUUCGAGCUCCUAUGAUCACAAAGUGCGGUCCAAACUUCAAGAUCUUGGCCGAGCACGAGGGCCAUCCUGUUCUUGUCCAGCAGGACAACAUCCUCUCCUGCACUUUCCACCCCGAGAUCACGGGCGACGCCAGGAUCCACAAGUACUUCGUAGAGUUAGUGAAGCAGAAGCAGAUGGCGUAUAAGUCAUGAAGGCCCUCCAAGUAAACGUCCUUUAGUGCU